AUGUCAAAUAUCACCAGUUCAAACAGUACUGAUGAUUGGGAUAUUAGUCCGGAAAUUUCCUUACCACGUUCAAUACGAUUUUGGCUUAUACUACUCUUCGAUGUUCCUUCACUUCUCUGUAGUUUUUGUUUGCUUUUCCAUAUCCUAAAUGACCGUACUCAACGUCAUGCAUUGUACACUCACACUAUUCUUGUCUUAUUAAUCGCCAAUUUACCCAUUCAACUAUUGGACGCUGGUCUGUAUCUCUCUGUUCUUCAUAAUGGUGUUGUACAGCCCUCGGAGCCCAUCGUAUGCCUUUUUUGGAUGUUUGCAGAUAAUGGAUUUUACGCUUUAGGAAUUAAUCUGUUGACUUGGUUAGCUAUCGAACGACAUAUUUUGAUCUUUCAUGAUCGAUGGGUAGCUAAUCGACGAGGACGCUUCCUUUUCCAUUACUUUCCUUUAUUUUUUAUCAUAACAUAUAUUUUUCUCUUCUACAUUAUUGGUAUUUUCAUUCUACCCUGUGACAAUGUUUACAAUUAUUCCGCUUUAUAUUGUGGUGUUUAUCCAUGUCUUGAAUGGAAUGAUUUUCUUAAUACGUGGGAAACGGUUGUUCAUUAUUGUGUUCCAGUUAUCUUAGAAAGUAUUGUUAGUACUGGUCUUCUUGUGCGUGUUCAAUGGCAAAAACGGCGUCUCCGUCAGUCAAUUCAAUGGCGAAAACAACGGCGUAUGAUCAUUCAGCUAUUGUUGAUUUCAGGAAUUAACAUUCCUUUGAAUUUACCUUUGUAUAUCAUCUACAUUGCUCAGUAUUGUGGUUUGCACUGGGACAUCAGUCUUCAACCAAAACUUUGGUUCUAUUUCCUGAGUUAUUCAGUUAUUCUGUUCUUUCCUUUCGCAUCAUUAUGUCAAUUUCCUGCUCUACGCAAACAAAUGAGAAAAAAGUUCUGUUGCAUAAUAGACAGAUCACCAUGUCAUCCGCCCAUUAAUCCUCAACAAUAA